GAAAAAAAAUAGUUGAGUUGUGAGUGAGAGAUGAAUUGAGAAGUUGGAAGUGUGUAUCGAAGGAAGCGAGAAGAAAGAAAGAGUGAGAUGUGGAACCGAAAGCAAUGGAGUUCCAUGACGUUUGUGAUCUUCUUCUUGGCCGCAACAUCAAGCAGCGACGACUACGCUUGCAAAAUCCCCCACCACUCUUCCCACCCCUUCUGCGACGCUUCUAUUCCCAUUCCCCAUAGAGCGCGCAACCUCGUCUCCCUCCUCACCCUACAGGAGAAGAUCCUCCUACUCUCCAACAACGCCUCCGCCGUCCCCCGCCUCGGCCUCCCCGCCUACCAGUGGUGGUCCGAGUCCCUCCACGGCCUCGCCACCAACGGCCCCGGCGUCUCCUUCCACGGCGCCGUCUCCUCCGCCACCGCCUUCCCCCAGGUCCUCCUCUCCGCCGCCUCCUUCAACCGCUCCCUCUGGCUCCGCAGCGCCGCCGCCAUCGCCCGCGAGGCCCGCGCCAUGUUCAACGUGGGCCAGGCCGGGCUCACCUUCUGGGCCCCCAACAUCAACCUCUUCAGAGACCCCAGGUGGGGCCGCGGCCAGGAGACUCCCGGCGAGGACCCCAUGCUCGCUUCUGCCUACGCCGUUCAGUACGUCAGAGGCCUUCAGGAACUUCCCGGAAUCCAUGACGCUGCUCGUCAAGACGAUGAUGAUGAUGAUGAUGAUGCGCUUAUGGUGUCUGCGUGUUGCAAGCAUUUCACCGCUUAUGAUUUGGACAUGUGGAGACAGUUCGCUAGGUAUAACUUCAAUGCUGUGGUAUCACAACAGGAUUUGGAAGACACUUAUCAGCCACCGUUUCGUGGAUGCAUUCAGCAAGGGAAAGCAAGCUGCUUGAUGUGUUCCUACAAUGAGGUGAAUGGUGUUCCUGCUUGUGCUAAUGAGGAACUCUUGGGACUGGCUAGAGACAAGUGGGGGUUUAAAGGGUACAUCACCUCAGACUGUGAUGCUGUGGCCACGGUGUUUGAGUAUCAGAAAUACGCAAAAUCCCGGGAGGAUGCUGUUGCUGCUGUUCUCAAAGCAGGUAUGGAUAUUAAUUGUGGAACAUUUAUGCUUCGAUAUACUGAAUCCGCUAUUAAACAAGGGAAGGUAAAAGAGGAAGAUUUAGAUAGAGCUCUUCUUAACCUUUUCACUGUUCAACUGCGUCUUGGACUGUUUGACGGAGACCCUAUAAGAGGCCGAUUUGGCAAAUUGGGAGCAAAGGACGUUUGCACCCCAGAACACAAAGCACUGGCACUUGAAGCUGCAAGGCAGGGGAUUGUACUGCUGAAAAAUGAUAAGAAGUUCCUUCCCUUGAAUAGGGAUAUUGGUGCCUCCUUAGCUGUCAUUGGCCCAAUGGCAGCUACAACCGAAUUAGGUGGUGGCUACUCCGGAAUUCCUUGCACCUCAACAAGCUUAUAUGAUGGACUAGGAGAGUUUGCUGAGAGGAUAUCAUAUGCUUUUGGUUGCCAUGAUGUACCAUGUGACUCUGAUGAUGGUUUUGCUGAGGCUAUCAACACUGCAAAACAAGCAGAUUUUGUCGUUAUAGUUGCUGGGCUUGAUACAACACAAGAGACAGAGGAUCAUGACCGAGUUAGUCUUCUGUUGCCUGGUAAACAGAUGGACCUUGUAUCCUCUGUUGCUGAUGCUAGUAAAAAUCCAGUUAUUCUAGUUCUUACUGGUGGAGGACCUCUUGAUGUCUCCUUUGCUGAAAGAAAUGAACAAAUUGCAAGUAUUCUUUGGGUGGGGUACCCUGGUGAAGCUGGCGGAAAAGCUCUAGCUGAAAUUAUCUUUGGAGAGUUUAAUCCAGCUGGAAGACUGCCAAUGACUUGGUACCCUGAGGCAUUUACUAAUGUUCCCAUGAAUGACAUGAGCAUGCGAGCUGAUCCGUCACGUGGUUAUCCAGGAAGGACCUACAGGUUUUAUACUGGAAGUAGAGUAUAUGGAUUUGGGCAUGGUUUAAGUUAUAGUGAUUUUUCAUACAAUUUCUUAUCAGCUCCAAGCAAAAUUAGUUUGUCUAGAAUUGUCAAAGAUGGUUCUAGAAAAAGAUUAUUAAAUAAAGCAGGAAAAGAGGUUUAUGGAGUUGAUUAUGCUCAAGUUGAUGAGUUGCAAAAUUGCAACUUAUUGAGUUUUUCAGUGGAUGUUUCUGUGACGAACCUUGGUGAUUUGGAUGGAAGCCAUGUUAUAAUGUUAUUCGCUAGAGGGCCAAAAGUUGUUGAAGGCUCUCCAGAAACCCAAUUGGUUGGGUUUAGCCGUGUGCAUACUAUUUCUAACAAAUCUACUGAAACAAGCAUUUUGGUGGAUCCUUGUGAACACCUGAGCUUUGCAGAUAAGCAAGGAAAAAGAAUUUUGCCCUUAGGCUCCCAUACUUUGAGCGUAGGGGAUGUAGAGCACGUUGUUUCAAUUCAAAUUUAUUGAUUGCUUGUAAAAUGUCAAAUGUGUAAUUUAUUGAAGGGUUGACAAUUUAUUAGAAUUUUUAAAUAAGGAUAUUAUAAAAUUCAAAUGAUGUAUGUUUGUCACACAGGAUUCCUUGUGAAUUCAGGCCCUUUACUCAUGAAUUUGUUAAUUACAGUUCUUUUGUCUUGUUUUUGGAUAACAAAUUGUGGUGAAGAUUCCAAUUCAAGGUCAUGGUAAC